ACAGUGUUUUUGGGACACACCUCUGUUGGAUUUUAAUAUACGUCCUGCUAACAACAGCUUUCAACUAUGGAAUCGGAGGCUCAACCUCACGAGGCAGAUUAGGACUGAGAAAAUCCAGGUUCCAUUAGAAACCAUUGGAAAUGAGUUCCCAAGUUUUUCUAAGACGGUUGAUGAUGAGGCGAUGGCAGCAUAAAUGAAGAUCAAGUAAGGAAGGCAGAACGAUGCCCAAGGGUGGGUGUUCUAAAACACCACAGCCAGAAGAUUUCUCUCUCAGCAACGACAUGGUGGAGAAACAAACGGGGAAAAAGGAUAAAGAUAAAGUUUCUCUAACCAAGACUCCAAAGUUGGACCGGAGCGAUGGCGGCAAAGAGGUGAAAGAGCGAGCGACCAAACGGAAGUUGCCUUUCACUGUUGGAACAAAUGGAGAUCAAAAAGACUCGGAUACAGAAAAGCAGGGUCCAGAGCGGAAGAGGAUUAAAAAGGAGCCCGCCACCAGAAAGCCUGGCUUGCUCUUCGGAAUGGGCCUUUCGGGGAUCCGGGCAGGCUACCCGCUCUCCGAGCGCCAGCAAGUCGCUCUCCUUAUGCAGAUGACAGCAGAAGAGUCUGCAAACAGCCCAGUUGACACAACACCAAAGCAUCCCUCUCAGUCUACAGUUUGUCAGAAGGGAACUCCUAACUCUGCCUCCAAAACCAAAGAUAAAGUAAAUAAGAGAAACGAGCGAGGAGAGACUCGGCUGCAUCGAGCUGCCAUCCGAGGAGAUGCCCGGCGCAUCAAGGAGCUCAUUAUCGAGGGUGCGGAUGUCAAUGUGAAAGACUUUGCAGGCUGGACGGCAUUGCACGAGGCAUGCAACCGGGGUUACUACGACGUUGCAAAGCAGUUGCUUGCUGCGGGCGCCGAAGUCAACACAAAGGGGUUGGAUGACGACACCCCGCUGCACGAUGCAGCGAAUAACGGGCACUUCAAGGUGGUGAAAUUGUUGUUACAUUAUGGAGGGAAUCCUCAUCAAAGCAACAGGAAGGGCGAGACACCUUUAAAAGUAGCUAAUUCUCCCACCAUGGUGAAUCUGCUCCUGGGAAAGACCACGUAUCCCUCUAGCGAAGAGAGCUCAACAGAGACCUCAGAAGAGGAGGAUGCUCCUUCCUUCGCUCCCUCCAGCUCUGUUGAUGGCAAUAACACAGACUCAGAGUUUGAGAAGGGUUUGAAGCACAAGCCCAAGGCCCAGGAGCCCCCCAAAACCAUCACCCCGGUGAAGGAUGAGUAUGAAUUUGAUGAGGACGACGAGCAGGACCGGGUCCCGCCAGUUGAUGACAAACACUUGCUGAAAAAGGAUUACAGAAAAGAGACUAAAGCAAACAGUUUCAUUUCCAUACCCAAAAUGGAAGUGAAAACAUAUACUAAAAAUAACACAAUUACACCAAAGAAAGCUGCCCACCGCAUCCUGUCGGACAGCUCGGACGAGGAGGAGACCAGCGUUGCUGUGGGGACAGGGGAGAAGCUGCGACUUUCGACCCACUCGAUAUUGCCCAGCAGCAAGAUUCGGGAGCCCGCCAGCACAAAGCCGCAGAAGGAGAAAAGCAAAGUAAAAAAGAAGCGGAAGAAGGAGACGAAAAGCAAAGAGGUUCGGUUUGGCAAAAAAAAUGACAAAUUUUGUUCCUCUGAAUCAGAGAGUGAAAACGUGGAGAGUGAGGAGGAUGAUAGAGACUCUCUUCAGAGCUCUAGCUGUGUAAAGGACUCCAGGCUAGUGCUAAAGGAAUCCUCCUUGUUUAACUCUCUGUCUGCCUCAUCGACCUCUUCUCAUGGGAGUUUAGCAUCCCAGAAACAUAAUCCUAAUCUUACAGAACAGCACUCCAAGCACUGGAGGACGGACAAUUGGAAAACCAUAUCUUCUCCAGCUUGGUCAGAUGUCAGUUCCUUAUCGGACUCCACCAGGACGAGACUGACGAGCGAGUCAGACUACUCGUCCGAGGACUCGAGCUUAGAGUCGCUAAAGCCAGUCAGGAAGAAACCAGAGCACAAAAAGAAAAACACCCCACACAACACUGUUUCUGAGAAAAAGAAUUCAUUCCAUAGCAAUGUGGAUGGAGCAAUUCCAAAGCUGGACAAGGAGGGGAAGGUUGUUAAAAAGCAUAAAACGAAACACAAACAUAAAAACAAGGAGAAGGGGCAGUGUCCCAUCAGCCAAGACAUUAAAAUAAUCAAAACGUUUUCUUUUGAGUUUGAGGACUCUAAACAAAAGCCUGAGAAAGGCUUGAUAGUAGAGACAGAAAAUCCAGUCGAAAACAAAUUGAAAGUGUUAAAGCAUGAGCGAGAACACGGUAAGAAGGAGGAAAAGCUCCCCAAAGGUAAAGCGGAGGAGAAGGAGUGGUUGUUUAAAGAGGAGACUGGAAAAUCCUCGAAAGAGGAGAAAUCAUUAAGAAAAGUCAAAGAUGGUAGUAAAGACAUGAGCAAAUCCUUCAGAGAAGGAUUAAGUAAAUCAGAAAAAGAGAAACCUGUAAAGGAGAAGUCUCCCAAAGAAGAGAAGCCAAGAAUACACAAGGAGGAGAGAAAGAAGAAGUCAAAGGACAAGCAGUCAAAAUCUGAAAAGAAGAAUGAGCUGAAGGAGGAGAAGGUUUCUAAACUAGAGAAGGAAAAAUCCUUCAAGGAAGAGAAAGAAAAAUGCAAAAAAGAAAAACUUUACAGGGAUGAGUCUGGGUUUGAUGAGUUUAAUAACAAAAACCAAUUUCCCGAAAGCGAGGACACGAAGUUCAGCCUUUCGGAUGAUCAGCAGGAGAGGUGGUUUUCAGACUUGUCUUCUGAUUCAUCCUUCGAUUUCAAAGGUGAAGAUAGUUGGGAUUCUCCAGUAACAGAUUUCAGGGAGAUUAAAAAUGACACCGUGGCAAAACUAAUCAUAGAACCUGUGAAAGAGGAAAUUAAAGACAAGAAAAAGGAAAAUAAAACGAAAGAGAAGAAGGAAUACAACGAGAAACGUAAUGAAAAGGACACUUUCUUAAAGAAGAAAGAGAGGGACUAUGUGGACAAAAGCUCCGAGAAGAAAAAGGACCAAACGGAUAGACACAAAAUUACUCCUAGUUAUUUGCCUGAGAAGGAUAAGAAAAGGAAGGAUUCUGCAGAGAGUGUCAAGGAGAGGAAAGAAAAAGAUACGGGUGAAACCAACAAAGACAGAAAAGAUUCCUCUGAUGGCUCUAAAGAUCGAAAAGACACCAAAAUGAAGCAGGAGGAGCCCUAUCGAGAUGACUUUAAAGAAUACGGCUGCGAAACGUUCUUCAAGGAUAAGUCUGACCCCGAAUUCAGCGGUAAAACUCUGGAGAGUUGGGAGAGGCACCAUUCUGGGAAGGAAAAGGAGAAGAAGGAUGCUCCCGAUAAAGAAAAAAAAGAAAAGGUGAAGCCAGAAAAAUACAAGGAGAAAUCCAAAGAAGGUGACAAGGAGAAAAAUGAAAAAGCUGCUCCUGAGAAAAUCCUGAAGGACAAAGAACUAGACAAGAGUUUCAAAGAGAAAAAAGAAACUAAAGAGAAAUACAAAGACCUGCACAGCAAAGACAAAGAAAGGAAGAGUUCUUUCGACCAGGUUAAAGAGAAGAAAGAGAAAAACUUCUCUGCGGAUCGAGAGGACUUCUCCGAGAAAAAGGAUGAGAAGAAAGGCAAGGAGAAAAGCUGGUACAGCAUUGCAGACAUCUUCACAGAUGAAAGCGAAGACGAGAGGGAUGACUACAGCUUGACUGGGUUCAAAGUCAGCGACUCCGCUGGGAGCGAAAUGCAUCGGCUGGACAGUCUGCAGGAGAAGGACGACGGCGCAGCUGCUGAGAAGGAGCUCUACCCUGACAAGCACCGCAAGUACUCCUCCGACCGGCAACAUUCAGGGGAGAAGCAGAAAGAUAAGGACUCCAAGGAGAAGAAAAAGGACAAAGGAACAUCGGAAGGGGGAAAAGAGAAGAAGGAGAAGAGUUCCUUUGAAAAACACAAAGAGAAGAAAGAGAAAGACUCUACCGAGAAGUAUAAGGACAGGAAAGACAGAACGUCCAUAGAUUCCACUCAAGAGAAGAAAAACAAGCAAAAGCUCCCAGAGAAGGUUGAAAAGAAACACGCCAAUGACGACAAGGUGAAGAGCAAGCAUAAGGAGAAGCCGGAUAAAGAGCAUUCCAAAGAGAAAAAAUCUUCGAAAGGAGGGGAGUCGGAGAAGAGCCUGCUGGAGAAAUUGGAGGAGGAGGCUCUGAAUGACUAUAGAGAUGACUCCAAUGACAAAAUCAGCGAGAUCUCUUCUGACAGCUUCACAGAUAGAGGACAAGAUCCAGGACUGACCAGCCUCUUCGAGUCUUCUAACCUCUCUCUUACUGAUGCCGCUGAAGAAAAGUUUAAGGACUCCCUCCCUUUACCCUGCUUGCAGGACAAACUCAAGGAGAAGGAGAGACACAGGCAUUCCUCAUCUUCGUCAAAGAAAAGUCACGAGAAAGAAAAAGCAAAGAAGGAGAAGACAGAGAAAAAGGAAAAAACAGAAGAAUUCAAAGACUCCAGCAGCAGAAAGGAUUCCGCUCAUUAUGAAAAAGAUUUCUCUGUGGAUGGGGAGGCUUUUAGCACUUCCUACAACAUGAAGGCAGAGCCUGAUGAGGAACCAGAGAAAAGCAUUGAUUACUUAUUUUCUGAAAAGAAAGAUAAAAACGAUUCUGAAAGAGAGCUGUCAAAGAAGGCGGAAAAAGAAAAGACUUACGGUUCCAGCGCCAUCAGCACAGUUAAAGAGAAAAAGAAGCGAGAUAAACACAAGGAAAAAUGGAAGGAGGAAAAGGAAAAGCAUAGAGACAAACAUGCAGAUGGUUUCUUUAAACAUCACAAAGAUGAGCCAAAGUCAACACUUAAAGACAAGGACAGUCCUCAAGUUACCACCUUUAAAGAUAAAUCAAAGGAGGACAACCUCAAAUUCGGCGAGACCAAACUGAAGGAGAAGCUCAAGGAGAACCAAGAGAAAGACAAAUCAGAGUCAAUAAAAAUAAGCAAUGGGAAUGAAAAAAUAACCCUUUCCAAAGACAGCAGCAAGAAAGAUACCAGGCCAAGGGAGAAACUUCUGGGAGACGGUGAUCUGAUGAUGACCAGCUUUGAGAGGAUGCUGAGCCAGAAAGACCUGGAAAUCGAGGAGCGCCACAAAAGGCACAAAGAGAGAAUGAAGCAAAUGGAGAAAAUGAGGCACAGGUCCGGAGACCCCAAAUUAAAGGACAAACUUAAAAGCUCGGAAGACGUGCGCAAGAGGAGUCUGGAUCUGGCAACAAAGAAGCCGUUAGCGCUGGAUACUCAGCUCAAGGACAAGAAACUUAAAGAACUGGGUCCACUGACUCCUAUACUGUCACCGGAAAACAAGGCGCAGCCUGCUGUUGGGACAGACUCUAAGGACUGGAUAACGGGUCCUCAGCUGAAGGAGAUCCUCCCGGCGUCUCCCAGGCCAGAUCAGAACCGGCCGACGGGAGUCCCGACCCCGGCAUCCGUCGUCUCUUGUCCGAGCUACGAGGAGGUGAUGCAGACGCCCAGGACCCCUUCGUGCAGCAACGAAGACUACACGGACCUGAUGUUUGAAUGCGCGGACUCGCAGCACUCGCUGCCCAUAUCCACGAUGUCCAUGAACGCCUGUUCUCCAUCCUUCUUCGACAGAUACGCGAAUGUUUCCAGUGGGCUCCCCGAGAAUCCGAGUCAGACCCCGACUCGGACCAUACCCUCCACGAACCUUUAUCGUUCCAUCUCGGUGGAUAUCAGAAGGGCACCUGAAGAAGAAUUCAGUGUCGGAGAUAAAUUUUUCAGACAGCAAAGUGUCCCGGCGACAUCAAAUUAUGACUCUCCAGUGCAGCACCUAAUGGAGGAGAAAGUUCCCCUUCCUUCUGUUCCUGCUGAGAAGUUCCAGUGUUUAUCUCCUGGGUAUUACUCACCAGAUUAUGGGGUUUCAUCGCCGAAAGUGGAAGCUUUGCACUGCGCGCCAGGAGCUGUCAGCGGAGUCGCCCAGUCGCCUGAAAGUGUCUUUUCUGGUUUACAAGCAAAAUCCUCCCCUUCGCACAGAGAUGAAUUGCUGGCUCCUUCGGUAGAAAGCGCUCUUCCCCCCGACCUCGGCAUGCCCUUGGAUACCACGGAAGAGCAGCAAGCUACUGCCUCCAUUAUGCCACCAGAACCUACCUACUUACCACCAAUUGAAGAAAACCAUUUUAGUUCGGGUAUGCCAGAACAAAACAAUAUAGACUGGGAUAACCCUCCUUCCAGAAACCCUGACACCGCCAUUGCUCCCAGCCUGAUGGGUAACCCAGCAGAGCACCCUGUCAGCUGGUCCAUGGGCUCAGAGCUUCUGAUGAAAUCUCCCCAGAGGUUUUCAGAGUCCCCUAAACCUCCGCUCUGUUCCCUAGAGCCGAUUCAUCCUACACCGGUCGCCUUCAUUCCCACUGAUACUUCCUACCCCGUUUCUCCCAUAUCUUACCCUCUGUCAGUGUCUGAACCGGGACUCGAUGAAGUCAAGGAGGAUGCUGAGGAAGCAGUUCCAGGAGAAAUAGCGAAUGCCGAAGAGCAAGCUCCCUACAUGUCCCCUACUAGGUUAGACACGUUCUUCAAUAACUGCAAGCCUCUUCCAGAAGAAGCACCUGAGAUACCUCCAGAGCCCCCUUGUAUGCCAGCAGAACCUCAGGCAGAAGUUGUUAGCGCGCCAGAAAACAACUAUUUGGAAAACAAUAACGCUGCGCCUGCCAGUACAGAGGAGGCGGUAACGUGGCCUGAUCCCUUCACCAACACAGAAGAUGACUUGGACCUUGGCCCCUUCUCGCUACCAGAGCUGCCGCUCCAACCUAAGGAUGUUGCAGAGACGGAGAUGGCGGAGGCAGAAGCGGUAGAAGAAAGCCCAGCAGCAGCUUCAGAAACAAGCGCUGGGAUCAUUAAAGCGAGCGCAUCCGUAAUAGCGUCCGGUGAGCCGGAGGAGCCGCCAGCCGGCCAGGCAGCUGCUGUCCUGCCCGUGGAGACGGAGCCACAAGCAGAGGAGCAGAAACCAGAAGUGGCUGCACAAGAAGCCACCUCAGAAGCACUGAACGUAGCUGAGGAAAAAGGAGCAGAGGACUCGGAAGCACAGAUUUUCCAGCAGACCCCAUCUGAGUCUGCUCAGCCGGAGAGCAAAGAGGUGGAGGCUGUGCACGAAGACCUGUCUUCUUCUGGUGGGGUGGCAGAGAGCAGCUCCCAGACCUGUACCCCACCCGUGGCCACCGCCGAGGGCAGCAUUUCACAGGAGGGUGCUGCGGCACGCACCCCACCCGUGGCCACCGCCGAGGGCAGCGUUUCACAGGAGGGUGCUGCGGCACGUGGUGGGAGCCAAGUCCCUUCCUCCCAGGCAGAUGCACCUCCGGGCAACGCUCAAGCAGAAAUCGUUGAACCAGUACAAAAACCAGUAGCAGAAGCUCCCAAACCACCCAAAAUAGAGGAGAUUCCUCAGCGGAUUACCAGGAACCGGGCUCAGAUGCUCGCCAACCAAAACAAGCAGAACGCCGCCUCCUCUGAGAAGGAAUUUCCUCCUGUUUCUGCGCCCGCCACACGUGCCAAAGGCCGCAUUACGGAGGAGGACGAUUCCCAGGCCCAGCACCCGCGCAAGCGCCGGUUCCAGCGCUCCAACCAGCAGCUGCAGCAGCAGAUCAACACGUCCACCCAGCAGACGAGGGAGAUGAUACAGCAAACAUUGGCAGCUAUCGUCGAUGCUAUAAAACUGGACGACAUUGAACCUUAUCACAGUGACAGGUCCAACCCCUACUUUGAGUACCUCCAGAUCAGGAAAAAGAUUGAAGAGAAGCGGAAAAUCCUCUGCUAUAUUACUCCCCAAGCUCCGCAGUGCUACGCUGAAUAUGUCACCUACACAGGCUCCUACCUGUUGGAUGGCAAGCCUCUAAGCAAGCUCCAUAUUCCAGUGAUCGCCCCGCCGCCGUCGCUCGCGGAGCCUCUGAAGGAGCUCUUCAAGCAGCAGGAAGCCGUCCGGGGGAAGCUGCGGCUCCAGCACAGCAUAGAGCGGGAGAAGCUCAUCGUCUCCUGUGAGCAGGAGAUUUUGAGAGUUCAUUGUCGGGCAGCAAGGACUAUUGCCAACCAGGCUGUGCCCUUCAGUGCCUGCACCAUGCUGCUGGACUCCGAGGUCUAUAACAUGCCUCUAGAAAAUCAGGGAGACGAAAAUAAAUCGGUCAGAGACCGUUUCAACGCGCGACAGUUCAUUUCCUGGUUGCAAGACGUGGAUGACAAGUACGAUCGAAUGAAGACGUGCCUGCUCAUGCGACAGCAACACGAAGCUGCCGCCUUGAACGCGGUGCAAAGGAUGGAGUGGCAGCUGAAGGUGCAGGAGCUGGACCCCGCGGGGCACAAAUCCCUCUGCGUGAACGAGGUGCCCUCGUUCUAUGUGCCAAUGGUCGACGUGAACGAUGACUUUGUGCUCUUGCCGGCAUGACAGUUCAAAACCAGGAGACAUCACUGAAAACUGGCAAGGACGGGAGCCCUCCGAGGUCGGGCGGUCGAGCUCACAUUCACCCUUACCGCUUGCUGAUGAAUCCCUGGUCAGAGGAGGAGGAAGCAGCUAUCGGCAGAAAACAAAACAAUAAGAAAAAUAAUUGCACUUUCUUCACAACGCGUCCCUCGCUUCCGGACUGACGGCAGCUCCGCCGGGCAGCGGGCCGGGGCGCAUCUCCUUUCCAACCGGCUGCUGCGGCAGGGAGGCAGCCGGUCUGCGCUGGCAGCGAGCACUCACCGGCCAAGAGACUGGCAGAGGCGUGGAGGGAGGAGGCCAAGGACACCAUUUGUGUGUUGCAGAAGCUGCUGAGCGGGGCCAGCAACCACGUGAUUCAUGUACUUGUGAACACCGUGAUUUCCAGCUCUCUGUUUUCCACCGGUCGCGGAUCUCCUCUCGGAGAAGCUGCAGUAGGAAACCAUGGGGGGAGGGGGGGGUGUUUUGAGUUUCUCGUUCCAUCCUGGGUAUGUCUAAAAAAAACAAAAAACAAAAAACAAACAAAAACAAUUAGAAACAAAAAGACA